CUGGUCUAAACCAGUUGACAGAAUCAAAACAACAAAAUCGAGAGAAGGAGCUGAAAGUAGCAUAUGAAUUCCAGAAAGCUUGUGCCAUUUUUGCAGUUACAACGCCAAUAAGAGGUUCAAUUUUAUAAAUAUUUGAUUCGGUAGGUGCAGAAGAUUUAAUCGGUGACUUGGAACAUAUUGCAAAUAAUCCUUUUCAUACGAGCAUAAAAGUCUAUCACAUUGGCAAAUAAGGACAGUGGUUUUCAAGGUGACAUUUGUGCUAUCAGUUCCAUGACUGUUGACCAGUACAAGCCAAGCAUGAUUGGGCAACCAAAUCCAGGGGGUGGAACAGUGGGAGAAAUGAUCUCUGAAAGGGGCCCAUAUAGUCCAGAAUGCCAUGGAAUUGUGCCACAGUUAACUUAUGAUUCAUAUUCUGGGAAUACUGCAUUUGCUUCUAGUCCAAACUCACUGCAUAUGUACGACCAAGAAAGGUGUGACAUGCAGAACACACUGAGUCCUUGUAGAGCUAUGCUGAACUAUGAUACAGCUUACAGAUUUGAUGAUGUAUUUGAUCUCAAACCCGAGUUUGAAAAUGGUGACAAUAAUCUUGGAGCCAUGCUUGAGGAUCUCCCAAUGACUGAGGAUAUGGAUGAGGAUUCUCUGUGCAAGUGGACAACUAAUAAUGCUGGGCUUCUGAAGAUGGAAGACGUGUUCCAGGUGGAUAAAAAUGAUGUGAUACAAGGACCAACUCUUGCAGCACUGAACAGUCCAUCUGCUGAUGAUCAAGGGGAAAUGUUUGAGAGCACAUUGGAAAAUCUGAUUAAAGUGGAAGGUGAGAAAAUGGCCUGCAAUCCAAUGCAGAGGAGUCAAGUAGGAACUCUGAAGCUUGCAAACACAGCUUCUAGAUCUUCUGACAAUUAUUGCCCAAAUUUCCCUGCUACCGUUGAAAAACCCACAGGACAAAAAACCCAGUCAUCUCAUGUUAGUGGAACUGAUUUCACCUAUUCAGGAGUAUUCUCCAUUUAUGGGGAUGGCGGAAAUUGUGUUGCGGCCGGCAAUGACAGGGACAUAGAUUCCAAAAGUUCCCUGCACCAAUUGCUGACAAGGGGCACUCAUAACCUUGAUCAAAAAAACACUAAAAGUAACAUUUCCACAGAAAAAAGAAAGCAACCUUCUGGUGAGAUUCCAGUCAAAUGUGUUGAUAACAACAUGGAACGAAAAUGGGAGGAGAUCAAGCAGUUCAUUGAUGAGGAUGUUGUUGUGAAAGAAGAACCGCUUGAUGGAGAUGAGAAUCCUGAGAACUAUUCAUUGGUGGAAAAGAGUGAAGAUGAAGAAAUGACAAGUGAUGAUGAGAGUGAUGAUAAUGAUGGGUACUCGACAGAUGAUGGUCCCACUAGUGUUUCCAGUCCUCAGAUCCACGAACACAGUGCCUACUCAUACCUUAAUCAACCAAAGAGGAACUCCUACUUUUGGCAAUACAAUGUGCAAUCAAAAGGCCCAAAAGGGCAGCGUCUUUGUGUUCCCUUAGACGAAAGUGACCCACAUGUGUUGAAUGACUUUGAAGACCCAGUUUUUGACCCAGGCCAGAGGGCAGUGUUUGGUAUAAGACAUGGUGGAAAAGCAAGAAAAGGAGAUGGCAAUGAUGUGGUGCCAAAUCCAAGGAAACUUUAUCAGAUUGGCAAUGAACUUGACAGGCUGAACAAGCACAUUGGGGAUAUGACACCAGUUAGUGAGCUGCCGGUAAAUGUGCGUUCCAAAUCACGUAGAGAGAAGAAUAAGCUGGCAUCCAGGGCAUGUCGUUUGAAGAAAAAAGCUCAGCAUGAAGCUAAUAAAGUCAAACUUUAUGGAUUGAAUAAAGAGCACAGGCAACUAAUGAAGGUGCUCAAUGAUUUCCGGGAGGUGAUUACAGCAAGAUGUAAGGAUCCUUACACAAACUUCAGUGUUGCAUCCUCUUUGGAUCAGCUAAUCAGAGAUAAUCUGACCCACAUGAUUGCUGGUCAUGCUGCAGACUAUGUGAACACAGUUCUAGACAAAGUGAAACGUGGAGAUCCUAAGGGUGGGCUGAAGUAUUGAAUUAAUCCUUCGAUGAAUGAACCCUUGGUUUCAUAUAUUUCCUAAGAACUUUCUGAAACAGCUUGUCCUACAUAAUGCCAUGAUCAUCAAGUAUUCGGAUCUUUUUCAUACUUUUGGGGUGACUGAGAUCAGAAUGGAAGGGCUUCUUAUGUAUGCUUAUCAAACUGCACUUCUGGUUUGAGCCCAUGGAACCUGACAGUUUCAAGAACACCAACUUAGUUCAUACUGUACAAACUGCCAUUAAUAACAAGCUAGGUUUUAAUGACUUGCUACAGUAACAGUGAAGUUAGUGUUCAGUGGAUGUUAAUUUAUUAUUGUCACUUGUUUCAUAUAAAUGUACGUGAUUUAUGAAGGCAGUUCAAUUCAGUAUCAGAAAGUUUGACACAAAAAUAUGAUAUUUUUCAUACUUCUAGCAUUUAGUUUUCCUUUUUUUGUGCUUAUUUAUGUGUACUUCCGGUAAUAAUGUGUGUGAACUGCAGAUGAUAAGAUGAAGACUUGUUUUGAUCUAAAUUAAGGCUUUAGGAAGACUUGGAACAUUGGAAAAAGUAAGGACAUUCUAGUUUUUAUAGGGAAUUUUAUCUGCUUAAGUUGUCUUCUGUGUUAUAAAUUUAGUUUUGGUGUAGAAAGAUGCUGAUGUAUGUAAUAUGUAAUUAUACAAUAUUUUCAGUGUAAUUAGUUGUUUAAUUUAUUGAAUUAUAUACAUACAUCUACACUUGAAUGUUGCACAUAGUAAAAUUGUGAAAAGUUAUAAAAAUGGUGAAUUGCACAUAUUUAAUUUUUUAGGUACUAUGUAAAUGUAACAGAUGCAGAAAUUGGUGUGUCCUCAAAAGAUUCUAAGUGAGAUAUAUAAAUUGUCUCCUAUGUUGUUAAUUAUGCCAACUACAUAUUAGAACAACUGACAAUAGGCACCAUCCCAGAUAGCAAGAAGACCCAUGAGUUAUUAUAAAACUAAGUGUGGUUUGGAAGGAUUUGUAUGUUUUUAUGUGUCGGUAGAUUAUAACUCAUUUGGCAGAGUUCUUGGGCAUAAUGUUUUCUUCAUAUCUCCUAAAACAUUAGCCCUGCUUCAUUCAUUUGUUCUUAUUUUACUCAUUCUAGUCUUGCAUGACAUCACACACUGCAGUCAGCCUCAUUUAAGGUUAUCUUGAAUGGUCCCUAUAAUGUAGAUUUUUUUUUUUGGGGGGG